GCACGUCACUCCUCUUCCGGGGUGACGUCACGCCCCGGUUUUUGGCGGGUAAACAGUGAUGAUCCUUGCGCGUUUUUCUUCUUAACAGCAGCACAAACCCCCUGAAACAGCAUGGCCUGUAAGCGAGGGGCUCUCAUCGUCCUGGAGGGAGUGGACAAGGCCGGGAAAACCACGCAGUGCAGUAAACUGGUGCAGGCGCUGCAGGGCAGCGGGCGGCCCGCCGAGAUGAUGAGGUUUCCCAACAGGAGCACCACCAUCGGGCAGGUGAUCAGCUCUUACCUGGAGAAGAAGAGUGAGCUGGAGGACCACACGGUGCAUCUGUUGUUCUCUGCCAACCGCUGGGAGCAGGUGCCUUUAAUGAAGAAGAAGCUGGAGGAGGGCAUCACCCUGGUGGUGGACAGGUACGCCUUUUCUGGGGCUGCUUUCACCAGCGCUAAACCGGGGUUCAAUCUAAAUUGGUGCAUGGAACCUGACGUGGGCCUGCCCAAACCCGACCUCGUCAUGUUUCUGCAGUUGAGCCCGGCUGAAGCUGCUUCAAGAGGUCAGUUUGGAACUGAGCGAUACGAGACGACAGCUUUCCAAAAAGCGGUUCAGCAGAAGUUCGAGGAGCUGAUGAAGGACCCUAACGUAAACUGGCAGGUCAUUGAUGCGUCACAGAACAUCGAGAAUGUUCACAAUGACAUCAGAAACCACAGCCUUAGCGCCAUCAGUGCUGCUCAAAACACGCCGCUUGGGGAGCUGUGGAAGUGAGGCGGAGCCAGGCAUGGUGAAGCUUAUUAUUUUGCACACCGCAUACUUUGCUUUUCCAACUCUUUCCUAAUGUUUUUUUUUAUGAAUAUGAGUAACUUAUGUAAUAUAACACUUUUCAAAAUUGAGACAGGACCAGUUGUUAAAUAUGAUUUUCCUGUUUUAAUACCUCCGAAAUAUCUAUUUGUCUGUCAUUUUUCUUUUAAGUUUGUCAAUAAAUUUCCAAACUUGA